GUACAUAGUAGAGCGCGCGCCUGCGGGGUAACCACGCUCCGCUUGCACGUCCGAUGUACCAAAAGAUAACGGCGGCCGAAUCGGAGCAGCAACGGCGAGUAAUUGAGACGCUGUCCAAACUACCAAGUCCACUAUGACCCUCAUAACACGUACUGCAGCCGCCACAAUCCCCAGAGUCUUCAAUCGUCAAAGAACAUCUGCCAUACCGUUCCUGGGAAAAGCGUUUCAGCUAGUUUUAUCAGCAAAAAUGUCGGCCACCGCAAUGGGGAAACGCCUCGAGGGCAAGACAAUCGUCAUCACCGGAGCAUCUUCCGGGAUCGGGCGUAGCUGCGCCUUUGAAUUUGCUCGCACCAGCCCCAAGGACUUGAAGUUGGUCCUGACGGCUCGUCGCAUCGACACGCUCAAGGAGGUUGCCAAGGAGAUAAACGCCGAGGUUGGCGAAGGCGUCAAGGUAUUGCCGUUCCAGCUCGACGUCAGCAAACCGGAUGAGGUCCGCGGGUUUGUUCAAGCUCUGCCCGAGGAAUUCCGGGAUAUCAAUGUUCUCGUCAACAAUGCGGGUCUGGUGAAGGGAGUUGCACAGGCUCCCGCCAUCGCCGAGGAGGAUAUAAACAUUAUGAUGGCAACCAACGUAACGGGUCUCAUCAACAUGACACAAGCAGUGCUUGCGGUUUACAAAAAGCGACCUGAAGGAGGUGCUGGUGAUAUCAUCAAUAUCGGUAGCAUUGCUGGUCGUGAGCCCUACGCUGGCGGUAGCAUAUACUGCGCAACCAAGGCUGCGGUUCGGAGCUUUAGCGAGUCGUUGCGAAAGGAGUUGGUAGCCACUCGGAUCCGGGUUAUGGAGAUCGAUCCGGGUCAAGUUGAAACCGAAUUUUCUGUUAUUCGGUUCUAUGGUGACAAGGCAAAGGCGGAUGCUGUCUAUGCUGGUUGUGAUCCUCUCACGCCAGAUGAUAUCGCCGAGGUGGUUGUGUUCGUUGCCGGACGGAGAGAGAACGUCGUUGUAGCAGACACUCUCAUCUUCCCUCAGCACCAGGGUGCUGCUACGGUUGUGCACCGGAAAUCCACUUAGAGCAGUCAAAGUCCUGCAGUGUUGACGGUGUGGGCUGGACUGCAAGAUGAAGAAAGUUAAGAUUCUGCGGCAUAUAGACGCAUUACCUACCAAUCCGAAGUAGCUGUCUGCAGUAAUCUAUGUAUGAUACAGGGAGCAGCUCGCCGAAUAGAUACGGGUAUAUUUUUGGACGUCAGUCGUCAGACUCCUUCAAUGGCAAUAUAAAAAAAAAGGCAAUAAAAAGCAAUGUUUGCGCUUGAAGCGGCUCUUUUUAUUUUCUCACUGACGUAUUGAAGCCAAAUCAUCGUCUUGGUCGUGGAGGUAGCCCACCUUUGAGCUUUAUCUGGUCCGUUGGUUCAAUUUUUACUGCACCUACAGGGAACGGUAGCUUGGGUAGAUAUGUGAUAAAGUUAGG